ACCGUACACAAUCACCUCGAAACAAUCGAGUACCCUUUUCUCCCCAGCCACUUCCUGACAUCAACAAUCAGAUCACAGAAAGGAAAAAGUCCAAUCUCACCGAGUCCGUUGUACUUCCAGACCAAACAAAAACUGACUACUCCAUCUCGAGAUCAAACACGACUAGUCAGUCGUCCGCCAAAACCGACGACCACAGCCAUAAACCUCCACACAUCCACCUGAUAAAACCCAUCCAUCUGUUUAAACACUCUCAAACCCCCCGUCCCCCUCUCCAAACCGCUCGAAAGCCUCCCAAUAAACAAAAAUGGCAACAAACAGCGCAGCAGGCAACGGCGCAAUCCAAUCCCCCGCCUUCUCUCCAACCGCCAACCCGACUUUCGCCUCUCAAGGCCAAACCCCCCCCUCCUCCUCCUCGUCUUCCAUCACCAACACCAACCAAGGAGCCCCCCUCUCAUCAGAAGCCAAAGCGCAAAUUUUGGGCACCUCAGAUGCGUCAACCGCUGGUAGCAAUGAUGCCAAAGAAGGAGGAGGAGGAGGAGGAAAAGGAGCAAGCGAACAUGCCCCCGGCUCCAGCGCGCAGGAACAGGGUGUUGCUGCUGAGGAGGGCUGGAAUGAGGAGGUGAAGGAUUUGGAGAGGAGGAUGGGGGAUGGACAAGGAGGGAGCGGACUUGGACGUUGAGAGACUUGGGGGAUAUAGGAUGACACGGGCGGCGAAGAGAAACGGAGAGGCGAAAGCAGAGUGACCGAAUGGGUAUUACUAGCUAUGGGAUUACAGGACUAGCAUUACUUGUUAUAAUGGGCAACGAUAAUGUUUCGAAAGACGAUGACAUUGUUACCGAAGUUUAGGAAUUGCAAAGACGAGUUAAAUCGGUUAUUCU